GAGGGCCGCAUCACAAUGCGCAAGACGGCGGCCAAGGCCAAGCCCGCCGCUUCCAGCAGCCCGUGGUACGGCCCGGACCGUGUCCUCUAUCUCGGCCCACUCUCCGGUGAUGCGCCGUCCUACCUCACCGGCGAGUUCCCUGGCGACUAUGGCUGGGACACGGCCGGGCUCUCGGCUGACCCGGAGACGUUCGCGAAGAACAGGGAGCUCGAGGUGAUCCACUGUCGGUGGGCCAUGCUCGGUGCUCUUGGCUGCGUCUUCCCAGAGCUUCUUGCUCGCAACGGCGUCAAGUUCGGCGAGGCUGUGUGGUUCAAAGCUGGUUCUCAAAUCUUCAGCGAGGGUGGGCUGGACUACCUCGGCAACCCCAGCCUUGUCCAUGCACAGAGCAUCCUCGCCAUCUGGGCCUGCCAGGUCGUGCUCAUGGGCGCCGUCGAGGGGUACCGCGUCGCUGGUGGCCCACUCGGUGAGAUCGUCGACCCCCUCUACCCCGGCGGUAGCUUCGACCCCCUCGGGUUGGCUGAUGACCCUGAGGCAUUUGCGGAGCUCAAGGUGAAGGAGAUCAAGAACGGCCGGCUCGCCAUGUUCUCCAUGUUUGGCUUCUUCGUUCAGGCCAUCGUCACCGGCAAGGGGCCCCUUGAGAACCUUGCCGACCACCUCGCCGAUCCCGUGAACAACAACGCCUGGGCAUUCGCCACCAACUUCGUCCCCGGGAAGUGAAUAUGAGGCGAUGCCUGUUCCCUUCGGGGCUUGGGAUGUAUGGAACAGACAUGGGUUGUGUGAAACAAAACAAGGGCUACUGCGGGUGUUUUUUUCACCUGUACGAUUA